AUGGUAAUUGGCCAGCCCAAACAGACCAAUAUCGCCUUAGGUUCUUCGCUCCCUGCCUCCAUUGAUGCCUCAUGGCUCUCGCCUUCGGGCCGCUUCGCCUUCGGCUUCUACCCGAAAGACCAAGGCUUCGCGGUCGGAGUAUGGCUUGCAACCACCCCUGAGAGGACCGUCGUGUGGACGGCCAACCGCGACGAUCCGCCGAUCAUGGAUGGCUCCAUUCGGUUAACCUUCGCCGGCGGGCUCCUCUGGAAUGCUCCUGGCGGCCGGGAGAAGGUCAUAUCCCAGGCUACUGAGCCUGCAGCCAUGGCUGCGAUGCUGGAUACCGGCAACUUCGUUCUCUACAAUUCUCAGCAAGGGAUCGUAUGGUCUACUUUCAUCUCUCCCACGGACACACUUCUACCAGGACAGAGCCUGCUGGCAGAAACUCAGCUCUUCUCGAGCAUAUCGGAGACUGAUCGAUCGACAGGAAGGUAUCGGCUCAUCAAUCAAAAGGAUGGGAACCUUGUGCUGUAUCAUGUGGACACAUCGGAUACCGGCGAUAAUUCCUACUGGUCUACAGGCACCUACCGGAUCGGCUUCCUCCUUACGCUAAAUUUGGACAGCAACGGUACCAUGUACUUGGCCAGCGACAAUGGUAAUUUCACCGAGAACUUGGCACAGGCCAAGAAUUCUAGUUCUCGGAGCGGAGUUGAUAUCUAUUACCGAGUGACCGUUGAUCCAGACGGAAUUCUUCGGCUUUACUCGCAUGGCUUCGGAAGAAAUGGCAGCUCAACAACAGUGGUGGAAUGGGCAGCGUUGCACAACCGGUGUCUUGUCAGGGGUGUUUGCGGGAUCAACAGCUACUUCAGCCUCGAGAGCAAUGGAGAGCCCAAUUGCCUUUGUCCUCCUGGGUUCGAAUUCGUCAACGCGAGCCGGAUUUUACCCGCUUGCAUGAGGAACUCCAGCCUCGGAGAUUGCUUAGAGAACUCGAGACAUCCAUAA